AUGACAGCUCUUUCUCGUUAUGCCUUUAAAGUAGAUUACUACGAUUCACAGGCAAACCUCACUCGUCAGUAUUUGCUCCUUUACUUUACCGAAGACGCAACGAUUGAAAUGCAUGACCUUAAAAUAAAGAGAGUUUUUCUUAAACGUUGUGCCUAUCCAUCAUUAAGCACACAGGAACUAUUUAUUGGAGCAACCGUGUGUAUUUUCGCCCGAUCCUUAAAGCUUGUGGAUUAUGGAGAUGAAGCAACAAGGAAGCACUUUUCGGCAGCUCUGGGUGAGUUUAUUCUGAUCAUUACUGAGGAGGGUUUUUCUGCAGCUGGAGAUAUUGUGGACAAAAUUAUCUCCAAGGACUUAAGGAUAACUAAUAUUCGACUAGUGGAGUUGCCAGGAAAUAUGUGUUCGCAAUUUGGUAUUUCUAAAAGAUGCAUUGUCAUACUAGUCAAGGGAUCGGAAGCAUCUGACAAAGUGGUUCUAUUAAAUGAGGCAUUUCCAAAUACGACUAUUGUCUUAUCCAAUCCCACGGACGUGAGUGCAUGCUCUGACGUUGCCUUCAGCCCUGGGAAAACAACUGCGGUGAUGAAAAACUGUUCCGUUUGUGUCAUCAAGCCUCACGCCAUAACAAGUGGCUACCAGGGUGCAAUUCUCCAGCGCUUGAUUGAUGAAGGCUUUCAUAUUAGUGCGCUGGCGAUGUACACCCUAACCUUGGCUGACGCGGAAGAUUUUCUUGAGGUGUAUAAUGGUGUGGUGCCGGAAUAUAAGAGACUUGUGGAGCAAAUGUCAAGCGGCCCUUGUUGGGCAAUAGAAGUGUGUGCUGAAAAUGCGGUGACUGCGCUUCGGGCUGUAUGUGGGCCACAUGACCCUGAGGUUUGUCACGUGUUAUUUCCUCACACUAUUCGUUCAAAAUAUGGCGUUGAUCGCUCUCGGAACUCGGUGCAUUGUACAGACUUAGAAGAAGACGCACCUCUGGAGUCUGAAUUCUUUUUUUCACUGCUUCAGAAUCUAUAG